AUGUUCAAGAUCCUCUCGUUCAUCCAGAAGCUGCUCAACGACCCACAGCGACGGCCGUUUCUCAACACGGUUGACCGGCUGUUCGCGUACUGGAUGCCCUGCUUGAUUCCCAGCGCCGUCACCGUUUUGGGCUUGCUCUUCUUCGCGAAGCGGAUCAGCUGCUGGACGUCUGCGCAUUAUGUCAGCGGCUGGCUACAAUACGUCGAGGUCAGCUGCUACAUGGAAAACAGCUACCACUCUCCCGCCAAGUUCGGAGGUUGGUGCCAGGGCAAACCUCCGUCCACCGUCUUUCUGAUGGCGAUCCCCGCUUCAUCCAACGGCGAUUUCUUCUUUCACGUCCAUGCACUGGCUGCAUCUCUUUUCGAUGUCCCGGCCAUCAUCCGCGACAAGGUCGACAGGCCAUUGACCAUCGGUCGCCAAUUCGGCCUCACAGUCGUCUAUUUCGAGCGCGUCUACCUGCUCCACGGCCACGGCUUGCUCCGAGAAAGAUAUCAUGAUGAGGCC